AUGAAUAAAGAAAAAUUAAAAAAAUUGUUGGAAAAAGAAAAUAACGAUCGAAUAAACAUAACAUAUACCAAAUUUCGUAAUUGUCUUUGUUUAUUUAAUAAUUAUUCUAAAUGCUAUAUCAAUAUAAAAAAGAAAUAUAAAGAAUUUUUAAAAUAUGAAAAAAUAUAUGGAAAUGAGAAUAUUAAAUUUAAUGAGGAAAAAUCAAUAGAUUAUAAUAAAGAAAGUAGUUUAGAAUUUAUGUAUCCAUAUAGAUAUGAAAAUAAUAGAAAUAUAUUUCUAAUUAUAAAUAGUAAAAAUAUAAAUUCUGUUAAUAAUUGCAUAUAUAAUAAUGAUAUUAUAUAUAUAAUAUAUAAUAAUAAAAAGUAUGAGCAUGUCAAUUUACAAAAAAGGAAAAAAAAGAAAAAUAAAAAAAAAAAAAAAAGUUCAUAUAAUAUGCAAAAUGAUACUUAUAGUAGUUUAACAAGUUAUGUAUCCAAUGAAGAAGAGGAUGUAAAUCCAAUAUAUAAUAGUACAAUAUUUGAAACAAGCAACAUGAAUUUUUGUGAGAGAGAAAAAAAAAAGAAAAAAAGAUCAAAAUUAAGCAAUAAAAGGAAUUUUAUAUAUUCCGAUGACGACUCAGAUAAUCAUUAUGAAUAUGUUUUUACACACAUAAACUCAGAUUUGUAUUUUUUAAGUGUAUCUAAUGAUCAUAUAGAAAAAGAAAAAAAUUUGUAUAUCCAAAAUGAGAAAUAUAUAAAUUAUAAUGAUGUAAUUUUCAGAAGAUUAAAAUUUAAAAAAACUUUAUUUAUAAAUUUAGAUAGUUAUAAUUCAUGGAUUAUUAUAAAAAAAAGUAUAUUAUUAAAUGAAUACUGGAAUUGUUUAAAUAAAAAUGAUUCAGUAGAUAUUAAUGAUGUAUUAUAUGAUGUAAUUAAUAUUUAUGAAAAAAUUACUAAUUGCUAUACAAGAAUUUAUAUUAAUGAUAGUUUUCUGCUAAUAAAUAAUAAAACAAAAGAAAUAUUGGGUGUCCAAAGAAUUGAAUUAGAUAAUAAUAUUAUUAAUAAGAACUCAACGAAUUUAAAUAAAAAUGAUGAUUUAUUGAAUACCUGUACAGGUAAUGAAGAAUCAAAUUAUUACAAAUUAGUAUUAAUAAAAAAAAUGAAUAUAAAACACUUAUUCAAUAAUAAUACAGAUAUUAAUAUUACUUUUCACUUUCAUAAUGUUUGCUUAACCAAUUAUAAUAAGUUAGAUCAUAAUAAUUCUUAUUUAUUAAUUCAUAACUAUAACUUAAAUAGUGAUAGUCAAAUUUUAUUAAAUCUUACGCUUAACAAAAAAAUAUAUGCAGAACAUCUUAUAAAUAGUAAUAACAGUACACCUUUAAAUAGUAAUUUAAUAGAUACAGAUUUAUUAAAUCAUGAAGAUUAUAUAUAUUUUAACAAUUAUAUAACACAAAAAAUAAGUGAAAAUUAUUUGAAUUACAGUUUAUACAUAAAAGAAUGCUUAUUAAUUAUUGAUAUAUUAUAUAUUUUAAACAACAGCUAUGGCAACUUAAUAUAUAUAAAAGAAUUCUAUAAAUAUAAUCAUGAGAAUUAUUAUUCUUAUAUUUGCAAUAUAUUAAAGAAAAAUAAAAAUUAUGAUAAAAAAAAUAAAGAAGAAAGUAAUUCAAUUUACUCUUUAUCAUCUUAUGGAGAAAAUUCAAAUGCUUCAUCAAAUUCUUCUCAAACAAAUUCUUCAUCCUUCCUCUCAGAUGAUGAAAGCCAAGAAAACUUAUCUUUUGAUGAAAAAAUAAAUUUUAAUGAAUUAAACAAUGAAUUAAUUUACAUAAUGCCUAAGUACAAACUUAUUUUUCAUCCAAAAAUAUUUUCUAGCAAAGAAAGUAACAAUAGCAAUAUAGAAAUUACAAAAGAAAUUCUCAAAUUGGGAAUUUAUUUAAGAAAGAUUCAAAAGUUUAUUGAAAUUAACAAAAGAGGACAAUCAUGUAAUUUUACUUUUGAUAUAUUUUGUUGUUGCUUAUACAAUAUAAAUUUACAUAUUUUAAAUCAUAUAAAUAAAAUUGAAGAAAACAUAAGAAAUAUUUUUAAUUUUACUAAAAUUAAUAUGAAUGAUAAAAAUGAUAUAUCACUAUGCCUAUUUGAUGAAAAUAGAUUAUCUACCUGUACAGAUCCAGAAGAAAAAAAAAUUUUUUUUAGUAUAAAUAAUUUAUUUCAUAAAAAUAUACAAGAUUUUAAUUUAUUUUUUAAUAUUGAUAUAGAGAAGACAGAAGAUAUAUCUUUAUACAAAAUAAAAAUAAGCAUACUUCCCUUGAUUCAAAUUGCUAAAUUAUUGAAUAAAAUUAUAAACAAGAUCAUAAUAAAAAAAAAAAUUAAUAACUCAAAAUAUCUAAUUGAUCUUAUUUAUAAAUUACAGGAAUAUUUAAAUGUAGAUGAUAUUAAUAAAAGAGUUCUCCUCUAUUUAUUAAAAAAUGUAACUACUCCAUUGUUUGAUUUUAUUAAAAAUUAUAUUUUUUAUGGAAAAGUAAAGGAUACAUAUAAAGAAUUCUUUAUACAUGAAAAUAAACAUAUCACCCCAUAUUAUAGACAAAAUCAUAAAUUUUAUCAUAAUAAUAUUUACAAAUAUAUUUUUAAAAAGUAUAUUGAUUUAUCUACUAAUUACUGGGGAGCUAAAUAUAUUAUAUUAAAUAAUAAAGUUCCUGUUUUUUUAAAAAGCAUUUGUAAUUAUAUAUUUAUAACUGGAAAAUAUAUUGAUGUUCUUUCAGCUUGCUCUAAAUUAUUAAAUUUACAAAACAAAAAUUUUUUUUAUUUAGAGGAUAAUAGUAAUAAUUGUACUUCUGAUAUUUACAUUAAUAAUAUUGCAGCAAAUAAUGAAAAUAGGAACAAUGAUUACAAUUAUAAUAAGGAUAGCUUUAAUAAUUGUAAUCAAGAAUUUUCAUUAAAAUAUACCAAUAAUAAUAUUAAUAAUAAGAAGUUAGAAGAUGAAUAUUAUAACUCCAAUUAUAUGCAAAGCAAUAAAACCUGCUACUUAAUAUAUGAUAAUGAUAAGAAAAUAUAUGAAGAUUUAAUUCAUAAUCAACAUUUAUAUGCAUCAAAAAAAAUGUUUGAAUUAUAUAUAAAAAAAAUAGAUAUAAAAGAAAAAAUAAAACAUCAUUACUUUUUCUUCUUUUUACAAAUUAGUGAUUAUCUUAAAUAUUUUUAUAUAUUAUCGCAUGAGCACUUAGAAAAAUUAUAUAAUAAUAAAAAAAAUAACAUUCUCAAUAAAUUAAAAAAUUAUUAUGAUAUAUCCAUACGCUCAUCUGUUUUGUAUAAUUUAAAAUACAGAAAAGAUUACAAUAUUGACGUUUCUGAUAUAUUAAGUAUCAUUGAUAAUGUUAAUAUAAUAAUCGAUUUGAAAAAUUUUCAUCUAAAUAACGAUCAUAUUCAUUUUAAGAAAGAUAAUUCUAUUUAUGAUGAAGAACAAAAACAAGGUCACAAACGAGAACAAGGAGAAGAGUAUUAUCAUAAUAGAGAAACAGAAGAAGAGGAUGUGAGAGAAGACCAAUAUAACCAUAGCGAAGAAGAAAGCAAAGAUGAUGAUGAAGACGAAAAAGAAAGUGAAAGAGAAUGUAAUAAAAAAUUAGAAGGAAUAAAAAAACAAAAGGAAAAUAAAAAUAAUUAUUCAAAAUUCAAUGAAUUCAAAAAUAAUAAUGUAGAAAAAUAUAAAGGAACAAAAAAAAAAAUUAUAUCUAACAUAAAAAACAACAUGCUGAAUAUUCAGAAUGUUCAAGCUAAUAUUAAUGUAGAAAUUUAUAAAGGGUUAAUAUUAUCUUAUCACAAUAUAUUUCCUUAUAAUUUAAUAUUUAAUAACAUAACUAUUUUUAAAUAUACUUUAAUUUUUCGAGUAUUAAAUUACUGUAAAUAUAUUGAACAUAAAUUAACAGAAGUUUGGCUUAAUCAUAUGUUUGUCAAAAAUAUUGAUAUAAAUGAGGAAUGUAAAAAUAAUUUAAUGAUAUGUAUUCAUACAAGAGAAAGUAUGCUUCAUUUUUUAAAAUGUUAUUUGUAUCAUAUUCAAAAUGAUGUAAUAAAGUCUGAAUAUUAUUGUAUGAAUAACAAAUUUAAAGAAACAUUAAUUUUUGAUGAUAUAAUACAUAUACAUAAUAAUUAUUUAAACAACAUACUUAAAUAUUCCUUUAUUAUGAAUACGAAUAUUAUCAACUGUAUUUUGAAAUUAAUUUCUAUUGCUCAUAUAUUUACAAGGCAUAUACUAAAAUUUAGUUUCGACAAAAAUGAACAGAUAGAAAAAUUGUCUCAUGAAAAUCAAAGUUGUAACUCAUUAAAUAGAAAUGUAGUUAAUAAUAAAAAAAAUAAUAAAAAUAAUUAUCACAAAAAAUUCAUACAAGAAUUAUUAAGAGAUAAAGCAUAUAUAUCUAUGAUACAUAAUACCAUCAAGCAUUAUGAUAAACAUUUUAAAAUUUUUUUUCUUCUUUUAACAGAAUAUGUAAAUAAUAACAUUGAUGAUUAUGCUCAUAAUUUUUUAAUUAAAUUAGAUUACAAUUUUUAUUACACUAAUAAAUAUAAAAUCCCGUUGCAUAUAAAUUCUGUUAAUGAAUGUAAUUCUGAAUAUAAAAAUGAAAAUUUUUCUAAUUAUAUAGAUAAUUCGAAUACAAAUAGUUUCGAAUCAAAUAAUGCCAAUAACAAGAGGAAAAAAAAAUUUAAUAAUGCAAAUGAUAAUGGUACGAACUUUAAUGAUAAAACUAAUUAUUAUGUAGAGGCCAACGAUUCUUUAUCUUAUAUAAAUUCUUUUAAUAAUAAUCAAAUAAAUUAUAAUUUACAUAAUUUCAAUAAUAAUAAUAACAUAAAAAUAUCAUGUGAUAUAAAAAAAAUAAAUACUUCAAUAAAUUUCGAUCAAAAAGAAAGCUUUAAGAAUAAUACUGAUAUAAAUAACAAUUAUUAUUCGAACUCAACAUCUAUUCCUAAUAAUUAUAUAAAUGAAACAAACGAUAAAAAAAUAUAUAAUCCGAUAUCUUUGCAUAAAAACGAUUUAAAAAAUCAAUUAAUUAAUAAGGGGAAUAUAAAUGAAAGUAACUUUAUACCUUUUAAUCAAAAGAAUAAUCAAAAUAUUCCUUUUAAUUGCAAUAGUUACGAUGCAGAAACGGUUAAGUAUGAUAAUAAAUUAAGUAAAAUACCACAUAAUAUAAAUUACAGUAAAUUGCAAAAGUACAAUUUAUACAAUGUAAAUAAUGAAAAUAUAAGCAAUAUUAAUUUAAGUAACAUAGAUAUAAAUAGUAUAAGCAGUAGUACAUAUAAUAACAAAUUUAACUCUUAA